GCUGUUUCUGCUUCUCCUGUGAGCGGCCCUCAGUGCGUGGCAGGAAGCGGAAGCCGGCCGAAAAGGCUCAGUUAACUGACGUGUCUCUCCUUUUCUCCGAGGAAGGAGUUGGAGUCGGUGCGACGGCUGGGUUCUGCCCUUUUCAGCCAAGAUGGGGAUUAAAUUCCUUGAAGUAAUCAAGCCCUUCUGUGUUAUCUUGCCUGAGAUCCAAAAACCAGAAAGGAAGAUCCAGUUCAAGGAAAAGGUACUAUGGACUGCCAUCACCCUCUUCAUCUUUUUGGUUUGCUGCCAGAUUCCUCUGUUUGGUAUAAUGUCAUCAGACUCAGCGGAUCCUUUCUACUGGAUGAGAGUAAUUCUGGCUUCAAACAGAGGUACACUGAUGGAGCUGGGCAUUUCUCCCAUUGUUACCUCCGGCCUCAUCAUGCAGUUGCUGGCUGGUGCCAAAAUAAUUGAAGUUGGGGAUACACCAAAAGACAGAGCUCUUUUCAAUGGGGCGCAGAAAUUAUUUGGCAUGAUAAUCACCAUUGGUCAGUCUAUCGUUUAUGUAAUGACUGGGAUGUAUGGAGACCCUUCAGAGAUGGGAGCAGGAAUCUGUCUGCUCAUCACUAUUCAGCUUUUUGUUGCUGGUUUGAUAGUUCUUCUCUUGGAUGAACUUCUCCAAAAGGGAUAUGGUCUUGGUUCUGGAAUUUCCCUCUUCAUUGCCACUAACAUUUGUGAGACAAUUGUAUGGAAGGCUUUCAGCCCAACCACAGUGAACACUGGCCGAGGCAUGGAAUUUGAAGGAGCCAUCAUUGCCCUGUUCCAUCUACUGGCCACACGCACAGAUAAAGUCAGAGCUCUCAGGGAAGCCUUUUAUCGUCAGAACCUCCCCAAUCUCAUGAACCUCAUUGCCACCAUAUUUGUCUUUGCUGUGGUCAUUUACUUCCAGGGUUUCAGAGUGGACCUCCCUAUAAAAUCUGCCCGCUACCGUGGUCAAUAUAAUACUUAUCCCAUCAAACUCUUCUACACCUCCAAUAUUCCCAUCAUUCUCCAGUCUGCACUGGUGUCCAACUUGUAUGUUAUAUCCCAGAUGCUCUCAGCCCGUUUCAGUGGCAACUUGUUGGUUAGCCUGCUGGGUACAUGGUCGGAUACGUCAUCUGGAGGUCCUGCCCGUUCAUAUCCUGUGGGAGGGCUGUGUUAUUACCUGUCACCUCCUGAGUCAUUUGGUUCGGUGUUAGAAGACCCCGUCCAUGCAGUCGUGUACAUUGUGUUUAUGUUGGGCUCUUGUGCUUUCUUCUCUAAAACCUGGAUUGAGGUAUCUGGCUCUUCUGCCAAAGAUGUUGCUAAACAACUGAAAGAACAGCAGAUGGUUAUGAGGGGUCACAGAGAAACUUCUAUGGUCCAUGAACUCAACAGAUACAUUCCUACAGCUGCUGCGUUUGGUGGCCUCUGCAUUGGCGCCCUCUCUGUGCUAGCAGAUUUCCUUGGGGCAAUUGGCUCGGGGACUGGGAUCUUGCUAGCUGUCACCAUCAUUUACCAGUACUUCGAAAUAUUUGUCAAGGAGCAGAGUGAAGUUGGCAGCAUGGGAGCGCUUCUCUUCUAAAUGAAUUGUCCUUUGGACCCGAGGGGAGGGUGACGAGUGUUCUGGGAUUUUUAAAGAUCAGGCGAGAAAGAUUAACAGCGACACAGUUAACAGGGGUACAUUGCAUUAAUAUGAACAACUUUUGUUUUAAUGUUUCCCAAAGCACAUUCCUUUGGUUCAAACUUUGUUAGUAUUCUGUUGACAUUUUAUAAAUCGCUGGAAAACGUGCAAAAAAAGAAAAAGAAAACCUUUUUAGAAAAUAAGUUUUUUUGUUCUUAAUUAUUACUUGAAACAACUCGCUUCAAUCUUAUUUAAUUUGAUUGGUCUCUCUUCUUCACCCCCUCCCCCCAAAAUCUUACUUUUGGAUUCCUGGAGUUUUUCCAGUUUCAGUGUGUAUACAUGCAGGUCAGAGCUUAAUUUUUGCAACAAGUGGUCUCUUUAUAGGGAGGGAUCUCUUUCCCGCUCUUCUCCCUAGUACUUAUCCAUUGCUAGUUGUAAACCCAUGUCUUCAUUAUUAUCCCAAGAUGAUGCUGAUUUGAGACUUCUGGAUGCCUACUUAGGUACUCCAGGUCUUGUAUUUAAAUGCAAACUAUUGGGUUCAGACCGUUGCCUCACUUAUACAGGGUAUGAUAUUCUCCAUUGUUCAGCUGAAAUAUCAGCUCUGAAUACUCCUUCAGAAGAAAUAAUCAUGUAUCAUAAGCAAUGCCACAGGAUGACUGGCAUUUCCUAUAUCGAUCUUCAUGGUUAUAAUCUUUAACCAUAUCCUGAGAGGAACUGGUGCAAUGCAGUAGUCUACUUGGUGAGUCCUUAUUCACUGUCAUGUUAAUUUCCAACAAGCAUGAGUGCCGAGUUAUCUGUUUGUGGAGAAGUACACAGAAUUUGAUAAAAUGCUCAUAUCACUCUAGAACUUUUUUUGUUCUGGAAAAGCAACUACAAAUUUUGCACUUGGUGGUCUGCAAAAAAUACCUUUCCCAUGUCUCAAGGACACUGUGAUACUGGUGCUAUGACACCACAUCUCUGGAGUCCUGAGUGGUUCUUGCUUGCAUUCACCUGCUAAACAGGAGGCAUAGCCAUGACAAUCUUUAAGGAAUUUGCCCCUUCUAAAAUGUCUUAAAGAUUAACUUAUUUCAGUGGCUAUAAGGUGUUUGUGUACGUUAUACAGGACCAAAUAAAACUACUUGGUGUAACAGGAAGCCCAUAAGUAAAUUCUCCCUUUGUUAAAGUGGUACUGGCCCAGGUGUCUCUCCCUUUUCUCUUCUGUCUAUUGAAAGCUUUGAUUCUGUCACAGGGCUGUAUUUGCCUCCUAGCCUUUUAAGAUCUACAUGAAUAAGGGCUAUGAAGGAUGACAGGUAUGCUGGCAGCUACUGAGAAUGCCAGGCAACACAAGUAUUGGCGGCUGAACCAUGCAGUUCAAUUCGUUCACAGUAGACAGAAAAGUCUUGCAGUAGGAAAACAUAAAGACAACAAUAUGGAAGAGAGUGAUCAAAUUAACUGCUGUAAUAUGUGGCAAAUCUCAGGGGCACCCAAGUAUUAAGAAUUGUAGAUGCUGGAAUAAAGCAAUCUGUGUAUAAGUGGAGGAAAGUUGGGUUCCUAGGUCAAAUUUGUUGUAGUUGAACUAUAAUUCUCUUAAAUCAUUGAGGGCUAUUUUGUUGGAAAUAAUCAUGCCUCAGAACUGUACACCGAACAAACACAGAACCUAUACUAGGACUAGACUACAAUUUCAAUGUCUUCUGUAUGUUCUAGAUAUUUGUCAAAAUACUGUUCCUUAAACAUUAUGUGAGUAUCACUUUUUUUUUGGUAAGACACAGCCUGAUGAAGGAAUCAAAUUAUGGGUAGGUUGUGAAUAGUAAAAUGUUUUCUGCUUUGA